AUGAACUCCCUGUGGACGCUGCUCCCUUGUUUGGGUUCCUCUCGUACGUGUGCUGUUCGUUUUGCUCCUGUAGCUGACCUCCCUGUUCCGUGUUUGGUAUUUAUUUGUGUGGAGGGCGCCCUGAACCAGGGUGCUUCUGCCCGAUGCCAGGCAGCCUCCCGGGAGCGGCUCUUCGGGACGCAGGCAGAGGCGCGCUCACACCUGCCCACUGGGUGCAGUGGACAGCGUGUGCUCGGCCCCCGUGGAGGCUCAGGUCCUGGUGUCUUGUACCAUCAGCUCUGCUUGAAGCAAACUGUGUUAGAAGGCAUGCCUUUGCCUCGCCCACGUGGGAACUCAGUUCAGUACAGAAUAAAGAUUUAA